AUGAGUAGGCACGUGGCGUCGAGACAGGGAUGCGUUCUUCCUCUGUCCUCCGUUUCGUUCGUUACGAAGCAAGAAGUGAAGAUUGAGGAGCAGUUGGUGGAUGCCAUCAACGAACAAAUGAAGCUCCAGGUUCCUUUCCUGGAUGUCAAAGAUGGAGGGGAAGACGACGAUAUUGUUGACGACGACGAUGAGAACAUCGAUGAUAGUAAAAACAAGAAUGAAUUGGUGCAGGUGGUUGCGCUCUGUCAAGCUCCGUUUCUACUAGAUGACCCAAACGUUGGAAUGAUGUUUCCAGCUGAUGCUAUUUCCAGAGCUAAGCAUUAUCUCUCCUUGACCUCAGGCGGUUUAGGUGCUUACAGUGAUUCAAGACGCAUUCCAGGAGUUAGGAAAGAGAAUAAUGGAAACAUGAUGGACAACGAGGAUGAUAUGCCUAUUGUAGCGUAUCCUGGACAGAUAGUUUUGAAGGUUCGGUCACAAUCAUUCUUAUACAUGUUGAGAGUCAUUCCUGUUGAGCUUUUUGGUUACUUCAUUUCAUCUAAUGUGCUAUCAUCCGUGGUGCUUGUGGAAAAUUCCCUUAUUGAACUCAGUUUUGGUAUCCAGGUUUAUUCCAGCCGGAAACUGCAGAAGCAUACACAGAAAAUUUGA